AUGCAGCAAGCCGCGUGGAUGCGGUUGGCCAAAGCGGGAGAUGCGGGCGAUUGCGCUGACGAUGCGGCUGAUGACGUGGUGGAACGUGACAACAGCGGGCGGGGGGAUGAUGAGAUUGGCGACGGGGAGAAAUGCACGGCGACCGAGGAGGGCGAUAACGCUCUUGACGCGUCAAAUCGAACGGGCGAGGGUGGUCAGACUGAACAGGAUAAAGCCGCCGCUCGUCGGAAUGAUCACGGCAGUAGAAUCGUGGGUGAACGACAGUCGUUGAUCGCUGGACGAGGUGUGGAUGGACAGCGCAUGAUCGCGCAUCCGCGACGCGGUUCUGCAGUUGGUGGAGGCGCAACAAGCGGUGCUGGAGCACAGCAGAGUAGCGGCGGCCAUGGAAGCCGCCAUGCUGGAGAGGCAGACGAGCCUCGGGAGGCAGACGAGCCUGGAGAGGCAGACGAGCCUGGGGAGGAGCCCUGGGGGAAGCGGUAA